AAGUCAGCUGUCGGGACUCCUCUGAAGGCAUCCAGGAAGGGAGGGGGCAAGAGGGGUUAAAAGGCAGCAGAAAUACCCCAACUGCUCACCCUCUGCCUACCGCCUGUGCUGUGGGGUUCUGAGAGGACCUUGCGCUGUCCUGGGAAGCAAUGCAAGUCUCUAUAGCCUGCACAGAGCACAAUUUGAAGAGUCGAAAUGGUGAGGACAGACUUCUGAGCAAGCAGAGCUCCACCGCCCCCAAUGUGGUGAACGCAGCCCGGGCCAAAUUCCGCACUGUCGCUAUCAUCGCUCGCAGCCUGGGGACCUUCACUCCUCAGCAUCACAUUUCUCUCAAAGAGUCCACCGCAAAGCAGACUGGAAUGAAAUAUAGGAAUCUUGGGAAAUCAGGACUCAGAGUUUCUUGCUUGGGUCUUGGAACAUGGGUGACAUUUGGAGGUCAAAUUUCAGAUGAGGUUGCUGAACGGUUGAUGACAAUUGCCUAUGAAAGUGGAGUUAAUCUCUUUGACACUGCUGAGGUCUAUGCUGCUGGGAAGGCCGAGGUGAUUCUGGGAAACAUCAUCAAGAAGAAAGGCUGGAGGAGGUCCAGCUUGGUCAUCACAACCAAACUCUACUGGGGUGGAAAAGCUGAAACAGAAAGAGGGUUGUCAAGAAAGCACAUCAUUGAAGGACUCAAAGGCUCCCUCCAGAGGCUGCAACUGGAAUAUGUGGACGUGGUCUUUGCAAACCGUCCAGACAGCAAUACCCCCAUGGAAGAAAUUGUUCGAGCCAUGACACACGUCAUCAACCAAGGCAUGGCAAUGUACUGGGGCACCUCGAGAUGGAGCGCAAUGGAGAUCAUGGAAGCCUAUUCUGUUGCACGACAGUUCAACAUGAUCCCACCGGUCUGUGAGCAAGCUGAGUACCAUCUUUUCCAGAGAGAGAAGGUGGAGGUCCAGCUGCCAGAGCUCUACCAUAAAAUAGGGGUUGGUGCAAUGACAUGGUCUCCGCUUGCCUGUGGAAUUAUUUCAGGAAAAUAUGGAAAUGGGGUGCCAGAAAGUUCUAGAGCUUCACUGAAGUGCUACCAGUGGUUGAAGGAAAGAAUUGUAAGUGAAGAAGGGAGAAAGCAGCAAAACAAGCUAAAAGACCUUUCUCCGAUUGCUGAGCGCCUGGGAUGCACACUACCUCAGUUGGCUGUGGCCUGGUGCCUGAGAAAUGAGGGGGUGAGUUCUGUGCUCCUGGGAUCAUCCACUCCUGAGCAACUAAUUGAAAACCUUGGCGCCAUUCAGGCAAGUAUUGCAACCCUUUCCAGCAAAUUACAGGAAUGCUACAAUGUGUCUCCAGGCAGUGUCCUGGACAAGGUAUUGGUGAACACAAAGCUAUAAGCAGCACAGCACACU